UCUUUUUUUUAAGUGAAAUGGCUUUACACGUUGAAAACUUCUUGUUGAUCUUUGUUUUGAUCUCUUCCCAUAUGCUCCUUGCUAAAACUAACGAGCUAGAAGGGUUUUCGCCGGCUUUGGCAACUUGGUACGGAGAGCCAUAUGGAGCUGGAAGUGGAGGAGGUUGUGGAUGGUCCGACGACGUUCAAUUUCCGCCAUUCUCUGCUAUGAUAGCAGCAGGAAAUGCAAAUAUAUAUUUGAAAGGCAAAGGGUGUGGAAAUUGUUAUGAGAUUUUAUGCACCCGAGUCCCAUAUUGCUCAACGAUCCCCAUUACAGUGACCAUAACUGAUGAGUGUCCUGGCGCAUGUAACGAUGUGCCAUUCGCUUUUGAUUUAAGUGGAACCGCUUUUGGUGCAAUGUCAAGUCCAGGACAAGCUGAUGCUCUACGUAAUCUUGGUCGCGUUGAUGUCCAAUAUCGAAGGGUGCCUUGCAACUACGGUAGUACCAAAAUCGCGUUCAAGAUAGAUGCAAUGGCGAAUCCUUACUGGUUCGCGAUGACAAUAGAGUUUUGUGCAGGAGAUGGUGGCCUUAGCUCGGUAGGGGUGGCAUCAGAUGGUUCACAACAGUUUAGAUUGAUGAAGAACAUAUGGGGUGCGGUUUGGGCAGUGGAUGUUGACCCAUCUUUCCGUGGUCCAUAUUCGUUCAAACUCAUCUCUCAAAUCGAUGAACCAGUUAUCGCAACCAACGCAGUACCGUCUGAUUUUGUGCCAGGACAAAGUUAUUACUCGUUGGUGAAUUUUCGAAGCUAGAAUGGAACCAGAAUCUUGAUAUGUAUCAAGAUCUAGACUAGUA